CCUCCCCGGGCUGCGCCGCGCGGGCUCUAUGACCCCGAGGUUCCGAGCGCCGAUGACACGGAUUCCGAGGCUCAGUUACGGAAGCAGCAGCCGGAGCCGCCGCCGCCACCGGGCAGCAGGGGAGCCGCGCGCGCGCGCCGGCCCGGACCCGGGAGAGUGCCGCGGAGGCGCAGGCGCAGGCGGAGGCGCAGGCGGCGGCGAGGGGAGCCGGGCGGGCGCCCCGACGGGCUCCGGCUAGCGGGCGCCGCCGGGGGGGACGCGGGCGCUCCUCUCGCCGGGCGGCCCCCCGCGCUCCCUCGCGCGCCCCGGGCGGGGAGCCGGCCAGCAGGCCGCGGCCGGCGCGCUCUGCCUCCGCUCGGGCUCCCGGGAGCGCCAGGCAUGGAGAAGCGAGGCAAGCGGGUGGACUGCCCGGCGCUGCCCCCCGGCUGGAAGAAGGAGGAGGUCAUCCGCAAGUCCGGGCUCAGCGCCGGCAAGAGCGAUGUCUACUAUUUCAGUCCAAGCGGGAAGAAAUUCCGAAGCAAGCCUCAGCUGGCGAGGUACCUGGGGAACACGGUCGAUCUCAGCAGCUUUGACUUCCGGACAGGGAAGAUGAUGCCCAGCAAACUACAGAAGAACAAACAGAGAUUAAGAAAUGAUUCGCUCAGUCAAAAUAAGGGUAAACCAGAUCUAAACACAACGCUUCCAAUUAGACAAACGGCGUCUAUUUUCAAACAGCCUGUAACCAAAGUUACCAACCACCCCAAUAACAAAGUGAAGUCGGACCCACAGCGAGUGAUUGAGCAGCCCAGACAGCUUUUCUGGGAGAAGAGGCUGCAAGGCUUAAGCGCAUCAGAUGUGAGCGAGCAGAUCAUAAAAUCCAUGGAGCUGCCGAAAGGCCUUCAAGGAGUUGGCCCAGGAAAUAAUGACGACACCCUCUUGUCGGCCGUUGCCAGCGCGUUGCACACCAGUUCUGCACCCAUCACUGGGCAGCUUUCUGCUGCCGUUGAAAAGAACCCAGCCGUGUGGCUUAAUACGUCGCAACCUCUCUGCAAAGCUUUCAUUGUCACAGAUGAGGAUAUUAGGAAACAAGAAGAGCGAGUGCAACAGGUACGCAAAAAACUAGAGGAGGCCCUGAUGGCGGACAUCUUGUCACGAGCUGCAGAUGCCACUAAUUUAGAUGAGGUCGAGAUGGACCAUGGAGGAGAAGCAUAGGAAACCAAGAAUCAGGUACUUAAACAGAAUUAUCCCCAGAGGAAAUUCCUGGAAGCUGGAGCGCUUUUUUCGUUCUCAUUGGUUCCCUGUUGAUAAGAAGAGGACCCACGCACAUUAUAUAGCUUUCUAAUAGCAUUAAAAACCAAUGCCUUUUUUUGGCUCUUAUUUUUGAUGUAUAUAUCUUCUUCAAGACAGAAAAGGAAAACCCAAACUUUAUUUUGUGUCUUAUGACUUUAAAAGUCUCUCUCUUUUGGAUAAUGUCAGUUUUCUAAAAACAGAACGGCGUUUUUGAUGCCAAAUUGCAAUCCUACUGGAACUUUACAGCUAGCACUAAAUAUUUUUUUUCUUUUGUGUGUGUGUGUGUGUGUGUGUGCGCACGUCUAAGCGCGUGCUUGUAAUAAUGCAUCAGGAAGGUUCCCCCAAUUAAAAGAAAUUAUGGCACGUGUGUGUGUAAAUAUAUAUAAUAAAGAUUUUAUACUGCACUUGGGUGAAAGCAUUUGUACAUUGUCCCACUGGCAUUCUCAAACGAGAAAUAAAUAAUUAUAUUCGGAGCAAAUACAUUUUUAAUCUGUGAUUCACUAGAUAGAAUAAACGCAAGUCGGUGCAUUGUGUGGGCCCAGACUCUUUUAAUAGUGACAUUGAUCAUGGGACAGAGAUAAUUUUAAAUUCAGUGGGCAGCAAGGAUCCGGGGCACCUGGGUUCAGGUCACUGUUUCUGAUCCAGCUGUGUUGUGUUUCGUUGCCACUGGUGGGCUUGCAUGGGCAUGUCCUUUCCUGUUUGCCCCACGGGCAUCUGUUAAGCUCUGUGGGAAACUGGAUACAUGAUGGAUGGGCAUCCAUGGAGCAUGUGGCUCUCCCAUGCUGGGUUUGGGCAA